AUGUUAAAAAAAUAUAAAACUACUGGCCGGGGUCAUCGAAUGAUAAAUUUAGUGCUUCAAUCUGAGUUUUCUGACAAUAAUACCGACCGUGUCGCCUCUGUCGCCGCCGCCGCAUCGGUGAAAUCUCCUCCACAUCUUGACGAUUCAUUAAUUACGCCAGAUGAUUUAGGAUUAAUUAAUCUUGAGUCUAUAUCUCCGAUGUCGGAGACGCCAUCACUGUUGCUGUCACCAACAACUACUGCGGAUAUUAUGCCAAUCUUGUUCAGUAGUGAUGACGAAGAGAAGCCGUUGGUGAUGUCUACUCGGGCUAUCGUACAUUCCAAUUUAGAAUGUAGUAAUGAGGUAGUCAGCAGUGCAGCAAAUUAA